GUCAGGGCGGGAGUUGUGAGUUACCAAAGCACCUCGCGGCGGAGUGUUGGGCUCAUUUUCGCAGUGUUUGUGUUCACGCAGUUUAUUUGUGCGACACAUCAGCUUAUAUAGGCACAAACCUUCACAAGAGUAGGACGAAAUGCCCACCAAACGCAGCAAACGAGAGGUUGCCAAGGACCUGACCCCAGAGAACCCGAUGAGACGGUCAUCUCGACAAACCCUGGUUCCCAAACGUCUUGAAUACUCCCCGGAAGAAGAGAAGCCAGUCGAGACUCCCCGAAAGAAAAGGAGAUUCGAUUUAGAUGGUGAAAAAACGCAAAAGCCCAUCAAAUCUGAAGAACAAACGAAUGGGGGACUAUCACCUUAUGAACUAGAGCGUCUCGAAAACAUCAAGAAGAACCAAGAGUUUCUGUCUUCUCUGAACAUUUUUGAGGUUUCAGAGGAAUUAAAACAGUCUGUACGAUCCAAACCCACGCAAAAGGGUCUAAAGAGGUCACAGACUGUUACACGUGAAGUGCUACCACCUCGUAGGUCCAAACGACUCCAGAAUAUAGAGGCUGUCCAAGUUGAAUUGCCGAAAAUUAUAAAUGAACAUUUGGAUGACUCUCGGCCCCACAAAAAAGCAGCUGGUCCUCUUCCUAUGCUCCCAGUCAACGUGAGUGAAAACAAACUCCCUGAGGAACUCUUGGAGAUUUGGACUGAGGAGAGAUCACCAAAAGAAAAGAAUAAAAGAAUGGACCUUAAACAGUACCGCUCAUCACUUUUGGACAUGAAGAUAACAGAGGACAGUGUGGCGAAAGUGGUUAAGGAUCGCGUCUUCUCAGUUGCCUUUCACCCACACUGUAGCAGUGUGUUAAUGGCAGCAGGGGACAAAUGGGGGAGAGUUGGACUUUGGAGCUUGUCUAGUGCGUGGGGUGACGAUGGAGUUCUCCUGUUUGAAACACACACUCGUCCAGUCACUUGUAUGGCAUUCUCCCCGGGAAAUCCCACAGACUUUUUAAGUACCAGCUACGAUGGGUCAAUGAGACAUAUGGACGUUGAGAAGGCUGUAUUUGAUGAUGUAUAUGAUAUUGAUGAUGGACUCAAGACAUUUGACUUCCUGUCAAAUGAUGGCAUGAACCUUGUAGUUGGGACCUGGUAUGGAGACAUUACAGUUGUUGAUAGGCGAACUCCGGGAAACUCUCAUGAGUCGCUCCACACACUGGACACCAAGACUGUGCGCUGUGUCAGUGUGCAUCCAUUACAGAAGCAGUACUUUGCUGUGGCAGAGAGCCAGUUUGUAAGUAUAUAUGAUACUCGAUUUCUGAAGAAGUCUAAAUCCGUACCAGUUUGCCAGCUAGUGGGCCACUCCAAAAGCAUAUCCAGUGCUUAUUUCUCUCCUGAUUCUGGUAAUCGCAUUCUCACCACUUGUAUGGAUGACCGUAUAAGGAUAUAUGACACAUCUGUCAUUACUAAGGCACCUUUACUCAAAACCAUUAGACAUGACAUGCAAACAGGCCGGUGGCUUACAAAGCUGUCUGCUGUGUGGGACCCUAAGCAGGAGGACUGCUUUGCAGUGGGAUGUCUGUCCAGGCAGCGAUGUGUGCAAGUGUAUCAUGAGAGCGGCCAGCUCCUGCACACCUUCUCAGACGAGGAGAAUCUGAGCACUGUGCAGUCAGUAGUGGCCUUCCAUCCCACCAGAAGUGUGCUGAUGGGGGGCAAUGCCUCCGGCCGACUGCAUGUGUUCACUGGACAGAUGGAGACUUUAUGAAUAUUAACACUCCAUGCACUUCUGUUUGUUUACAAAGUUAAUAGACUUUUUUUGUUUUCUUUGGCAAAUAAAAUUCUAAGGUGCUGUCAUAUUUACCUUUUUUAUUUGUUGUAACUGAAUUAAAUGAUUUUAUUCAGA